UUACUUGCUAGCACCGCCAAUGAAAGUACUACACAUGCCAAUCGCCAUGCUGAGCCGCUGCAGAGGGCAUGUUGGAAGGUUUGGCAAGCUGUUGAGGCUGGGAGCAGUGAGACACUUGGCUGUGAAGGCCCUUCCGAGUUUCGAUCCUGACAAUGGCCAGGUGAUCUUCGCGAACCAAUCCACCUGGCAAUUGACCUUUAGCUGGUUGCUGCUUUCCCUUUGCCGGCACCGCAUUUUAGUAGACCUUGGUUCAAAGAUCCUAGGCCAAAGCUGGAUUUGCCGAGAGCCUCAGAGGCUCACUAGCCGCGCCCUGCUCGCCUCGGUUCGCAGCACCGCCUUUGCUCAUUUCUGUGGAGGGGAGACCCUUCAGGACUGUGUGGGGAGAGGAAAGCAUUUGAGCAGUGCAGGUGUGAGAUGCAUAGUUGACUGGGGCGUUGAGGAAAGCAGUGAGCCUGCUGCCUGGGAGACAAAUAUGUUGCGGAAGGUUGAGACACUGCAACGUGCAAAAGAGGUGCUUGGCUUAAGUGCUGCUUUUAUGCCCAUCAAGCUCACAUCCAUCCUUUCACCGGCUCUGUUGGAGCGCUGGACCGCGGUGGUCCAGGAUGGGAGCCAGCCUCCAGAGGAUUGGCACCUGGAAGAAGAGGUUGCUGCUGCACUUCAGCGCCUGCGGCGCAUUUGCGAGGCUGCCAAAGAUGCAGCUAUACCGCUCCUGUUGGAUGCUGAACAGUCAGGCAGGCAACCAGCUGUCCAUCUUUUGGCGAGACAGCUGCAAAGGGAGUUUAACACCGAGGAGCCAAUUGUCUACGACACAGUCCAAAUGUACUUGAAAGCGUCUCCACAAAGAUUGGAUCAGGCUUUGCACUAUGCUGGUCAACAUGGCUACAUCUAUGCCGUCAAGCUUGUCCGAGGUGCCUAUAUCGAGCAGGAACGGCCCUUUGGCACCAUUUUCGAUACCAAGGAGGACACGGAUGCGGCCUUUGAAACCGCCGCGGAGAAGAUCCUGCAGGCGAUCGUGACGAAGAGGCCAUCCGCUGCACUCAUGCUUGCCACGCACAAUCGAUCUUCUCUCUUCAAUGCGGUGCAGAUGAUGGAGAAACUAGGGCUUGCCCGCAAUGAUCAGCGAGUUCACUUUGCUCAGAUCUUGGGCAUGGUAGACAAUCUGACGUAUGCUUUGGGCUUGGCAGGCUACAAUGCCUCAAAACUUCUGGUCUUUGGACAGAUCCAUGAGGCCUUGGAUUUAUUAGGUUCUUCCGUGGUUGCUGCGCCGCACGCGGGAGAACCGAGAUGCAUUUGGGGCUCAGGCGCACGAACUCCCAGUGCUGAGAAAUGAAAUCCGCAGGAGGUUGCUUGGGCGCCUUGGGCGUGUCCCAAGGUAGCGCUUGGGCUACUCUCUUCCCCAGCUACAUUCC